AUGGAACCAACCAAAGAAAGCGAGCUCUCUUUCUGUGUCCCUCUUGACUUGUUUAGAGAUAGCUCGGUCGAGUAUCUCGAGAUACUAGUUGAGGUACAUACCUUCCCGGACACUCUAGCAUUUUGCGUUCCAACUUUUUAUUCAGGUCUAUUUCAGGGAACACGGAUCAACGCCCAUAAAAAUGUACUCGCUGCAUGCUCAGAUUAUUUCAAAGCCAUGUUCACAAACGACAAGGCUGAAAAACACCUGCGAGAAAUGGAAGUUGUCGGUGUGGAAGCCUCUACUCUUGAUGCUGUCGUUAGUUUCUGCUACUCUGGAAAGAUCACAAUCACCGAGGAUAAUUCACUGAGUAUUCUGGCCGCAGCAUGCUAUUUUCAGUUGGACGAAAUUCAGGUUCGUAAGACCGUAAAACUGAUUCGCUGA